CUGCUGCUGAGGAGCCACAGCGCAGACAGAGAGGCAGGGAGAGGGAGAGCCCGUCAGACCCAGAGACCCAGCAGGAACGGCGGACUGAAGAGCGGGACUUGGAGCUGCUCUCUGAGGAGGUUUAAAUGGCGAAGCUGCUGGUGCUCAGCGCUUUUCUGCUCGUCAUCACAGCCACGAUAAUCCAGGCUGAAGCUGAUGGAGGAGGACAGAAGACACUCAGGAGGCAGAAGAGGGAGUGGAUCAUCCCGCCGAAGAAAAUGAUUGAGAAUUAUGUUUACGAAAGGAACUACGUUGUUGCCAAAAUCCGAUCGGACGAGGAGACCCGUGCAUCGAUAUGGUACUCUCUGACGGGACAUGGAGCAGAUAAAGAUCCGGUGGGUUUAUUCACUGUGGAUGAAGAUAAGGGCAUAGUGAGCAUCCAUGGCGUCUUAGACAGAGAGGCGACUCCUUUUUAUUAUCUAAAAGGGGUAGCCAAGUUCCGAAAUGGCAGUAGAGCUGAGAAGGACAUUGACCUACGAAUUGAAGUUACGGAUGAGAAUGACAACGAUCCUGUUUUUCAUAUUCAGCCCAUUGGUUCUGUCUUUGAACUGAGUGCAAAAGACACCUAUGUCAUUAACAUCACAGCUACUGAUGCAGAUGCACCAGGACCCAAUUCUAUGAUUUCCUACAGCAUUUCCGAACAGAAUCCAAUGGGAACCUCCAUGUUCUACAUCAACCAAGCGUCUGGCAAAAUCUACGUCCAAAUGAAUACUCUGAACAGAGAGGAACAUGAAACGUAUACGCUGAUCAUCAAGGCCAAAGACAUGGGCGGAAAACCAGGUGGAAGAGAAACGAAGGGGAAAGUGACCAUCAAUAUUCUUGAUGUCAACGACAAUGUCCCAGUCUUGGAGAAUGAGUCUUAUGAGGGCAGUGUGGAGGAGAACAUCAGGGAUGUGGAAGUGGUCCGGAUCAAGUCCACUGACCUUGAUCUGAUACACACGGAUAACUGGCGGGCUGUGUACAAGAUCAUCCAGGGGAAUGAGGCCGGAUACUUCGACAUCACCACUGACAACGAAACCAAUGAAGGCAUUCUGAUUAUCAAGAAGCAAGUGGACUAUGAGGAGCUGAAAGAGAUCGACUUGCGAGUGAUAGUCUCCAACGUAGCAAAGUAUCACUCCUCGGUCAAGAUCACAGAACCUAAAAGCUACCCCAUUAAGAUCAAAGUCAUCAACCAGCCUGAGGGGCCUCGAUUCCAUCCGUCUGUCAAAGUCAUCUCCAUCUCUGAAGACAGCACCACCAUCAACCUAAAGAAAGUCAUAGCCACCUACACGGCUAUAGACAGCGACACGCUGGAAAUGAUUAAAAACGUCAGAUACGUGAAGGGAGAAGAUGUAGACAACUGGUUGAGCAUUGACGAGAAAACGGCCGACAUCAGACUGAACAAAGUCCCAGAUCGAGAGUCCAAGUUCCUGCGUAACGGGACGUACUACGGCAAAAUCCUCUGCAUCACUAAUGAUCAUCCUACCAAAACUGCUACAGGGACCAUCGCAAUUCAGGUUCAGGAUUUUAACGACCACUGCCCAACGCUGACCAGCCCAGCCCAGACGAUAUGUUAUGGAGACAGUGUUCUGUAUGCCACUGCCGUAGAUGGGGACGAUUUCCCCAAUGGAGAACCUUUUGAGUUCAAGGUGGUCACCAAGAGCACGAAAGAGAAAUGGAGCAUUGAGCGUCUGAAUGAAACAACGGCCAUUUUGCGGGCUCAGGAGAUCCUGUGGCCUGGACACUACAAGGUGGGGCUGGAGGUGCAGGACCAGCAAGGAAAGUUCUGCAGCAUUGGUCAGGUCAUUCACCUGUCCGUGUGCACGUGUGACGAGGCAAAAGUGUGUAUUCCGAAGAGACGGACGGGCUCAGAUGUGAAGUUUGGAGCAGCUGGAGUUCUCGUCAUGCUGCUUGGGUUUCUGCUUCUGCUGUUGAUUCCGCUUCUCAUGCUGUUCUGCGUGUGUGGAGGAGCCGCAGCUAUCGCGGGUUUCAGACCUUUCCCUGCAGACCAGAUGCAACACUUCAUGACCUAUCACACUGAAGGCCAAGGGGAGGAUAAGAAAAUCCCGCUGUUACAAAUCCCCACAGAGCUUGACUCUGGGGGUCAAUUUGGCCAACAGGGUGCAAUGGAGAGCGGACAGCAUUGGAAUGAGGCAUGGGGUGGAGGCGGAGGCGGAGGCGGAGGCGCUAGCGGAGGAAGAGAGAUGUUCAACACCUGGGAAGAGUGGUACUACCACCAGUACGGCAAAGACUUUAACAGUAAUAUGGAUUAUUUAACGGCACUCAAGGAACAAUCUGAACUCCAGGGGCUGAGGGCCUUUGAAGGCAUCGCACUGUCUGAAGCGUUCUUGGCCUCUUACUAUUCAAAGAAGUUGAAGGACAUGACGGGCCGUGCUGCAAGCGACAGCCUGCUGACGUACGAGUUUGAAGGCGACGGUGCUUCAUUACAUGAUUCAUUCGAGGAUAUCUGCAGCCACCUGAACGAAGGAGACGACCUGGCUUUCCUCAAUGAUCUUGGGCCACAGUUCAAGACGUUGGCUGAGCUGUGCUAUGGCUCGGCCAUCGAUGUUGAGGUCAGCUCGGUCACAGAGCUGCCAGCGCGUAAACCAGCUCUGACUGGAGUACAUCUGGGUGUGAGGCAAGAAAGUGCCAUGGGUGCUUCACAUGCUGGGGCAAGCAGCUCUACCCAUGCUUCUGCUUCGGCUUCGACUUCUGCAUCUGCUUCCACCUCUUCCACUCAUAUUACAGCCACUGAUUAUCACCAGAGCAGCAGCACAUCCGGAGCAGGUGUUCUAACCCAUAACGUUCCCGGGCAAACCCUACUGAUCCAACAGCCAGCUGUGUAUUACACCUCCACCCCGGUCUAUGUGAUGGACCCCACGCCUCAACCCACCCUGCUGGUCGCUGCUACGCCUAUGAUGGGCAUGCAGGAGAACGUGGUGCUGGUGGAGCAAAGGGGAGCAGACUUUGCCAAAGGAGUGUCCACACUGGGUCUAAAGCAGAACCACAACAAGGUGCUGGUGGAUAAGACCGGCCAGCUGGCGAGAGAAGCUGCAAUAGUUGAGGCCAGUGGACCUCAAGUUCUCCUCGGACAUUCCGAGAUUGGUUCUGGAAGCGUUCAGUUUGUGGAGAGCGGACGGGUGCAGACUCUUGAGUCUCUACGUCCCAGGCAGGGUUCCAGCAUCAGCGAAGGUCAGAGCUUUCAGCUCAGCAGAGGGCUCACAGGAACCCAGAAUGGUCUCACAGUGACACAGCAUGAUGUGCCUCUUUUGACUGUCCCACACAGUGGCACUCACCAAAAAGUUCGGGAAGAGAGGAUUUCUGUCGUUGAGAAAAGCUUCCAGUCUAGCUCCACCACUUAAUGUAACGUAACUCCUCCUUCAUUCACAUAUUAACCUUCUUAUUACAUUCUAAGGCUCAUUACUUUGCAAUUACGUGAAAAACUGUGGACCCUCCUGGCCAUUUAACGAGUUCAAUACAUUAUUUAGUUCUACUUAAAAUACAGUUUAACCCCUUAAACUUCACAGACAAAGCACAUCCGAAGGCUUUUUACUCAGUCACUGUGGUAAAACAGGGCAAAACGAUGAGAUACAGUAUGGUUACGGGUCGUGCUGUGUGACAUAUAAUCAAUAUCAGUAUAAUAGUAUUGGUGUUACACCGUGACAUUUAUUUCAGUGGUCUUUCAGUGAUGUUGAUAAAUAAUGAGAAUAAUAUGCAAAACAUUUUAUUCCAUAAAAUUGCAGUAUUCCUGCUGCAGUAUUCCUUUAUUCUACUCAGGUGCAGUUUAGUUGCGUGUAGUGUUUCAAGCAACUGUUGUAUGCAAGUUUCACCAUGUAAAGCCAGCCUAAAGCUGCCAAAGACGGGGGGAGUAAACUGUCACUUGUAUCCUAAACACAGCCAUCAAUUUCUUGUAUUUCAGUAUUUUUGAAGCAUAAGUUUGAUCCAUACACAACUCAGUUAUAAAGGCUUUUCCAUUGCAUUAAGCCUUUGAUGCAUUGUAACAUAAAUAUGCCUCAAGCGCAAAGCAGAGCAGCUCGUCCUGCUAAUAGAGCGAGUUCACAUACAAUCUUUUAGAGAAUGACUCACGUAAUGAGCUCAUUAAUCUUUGGCACAUCUGUGUGCAUUUCAUAUGACAGAUAAUAGAGAUAUGUCUUCUAUCAAAGAUAAAAUAGAAAAAUAAAUCAGUUUUAUGAGCUGCCUUUUCUCAUUUUCCAAGCCAAGAAUGGUUUAUUGCUGCGCUUACGUGCAGAAUCUUUUCACUGAAUAAAAUAAUGCACACAUAUAUUACCCAAGUGCCUAAUGUUUAUGCACUCCCAGCAGCUGAUGAGAAACAAAUCAUCGAUGACACACUGAAUGAAAUGAAAAGUUCUGUAAAUAGUUUUCUGUUUAUCUGUUUUUGUCUAUCCUAAAUCCCACAAGAAUUUCUGCUGAUUACAAGUGCAUAUUUCAGCUCAUCCUUGCAUUGGGACUUCAAAUCAGCUGGAAGAAACUGAGAAGCGUUUUUAGGUUUCUUCCUCAGACGCGUAAAAACCUUUUCUUUUCUUCAGGACAAAACUUGCGUUCACCUGUUUCCUAACCCCACCGGUUCUUUAGCGAUGUUUUCUAUCUGUGGGAAAGUUUUUUUUUCUUGUAUGUUUUGCAGCUUUAAGACACAAUGAAAGACAUUCAUCAGGUCUGUCAUUAUCAGCAACUGGGUCUUUUGUGUCAUCUGACAUCUUUCUGUAUGAAGAGAUUAGUGGUGUGUGUAGUAAAACGUAUAACUCAUUUGAAAGAACUCACAACUCUUUAUAUUUCAGAUUUGAAGAUGAAUAAAACAAUGAUUUGAUCCAUAAUA